AUGCCGCUGGUUCCUGAGCUGUGUCGGCAGGCAGAAUGCACUGUCAGCAAGUUCAUCCGUGACACCAGACUGGGGGAGGAGGAUGAGGUUGAUGUGCUGAAGGGCAGGGCUGCCAUUCAGACCAGUAACCUGGAGCAGAGGCUGACCAGGAUUGCCUACUGCAGCAAAGCUCCUUGCAAGUGUUCACUAAUAGCACAGCGAGCAGAACUCUGUACGUUGAUGAAAAACUACCAGCAAGCUCUUCACGACGCAGAUGUCCUCUGCCGAAACAAACCCCACUGGCCUGCGGGCCAUUAUGUGAAAGCAAAAGCUCUUUCUGGAUUGGAAAGGACCGAGGAAGCAUUGAAGGAGUUUCUCUAUUGUGUUGCCUUAAAUCCUGAAUGGAGCUCAAUGAAGAAAGAAGCCCAAAAGAUAAUGUGUGAGAUGUUUUUCCCAGCCUUUGAAAAUGUGCAUGAUAGUCUAACAGCACCUUUCUCUAGUCGAACGUCCUAUACAAGAUUGAAACCUGCAUUUCUGAGUAGCAUAAACACACAGUCAGCUGUGGAAGAUAGCUCUGUUGCUGGGUCCUCAAAGGAUACUGUGUUCAGGCUAACAAAAACCCCGUCCCAAGAAUCUGAUGUAUUUAGAAGCACUGAUUCUCCUGUUUCCCACCAUGUUCUGGAUCUCUAUUUUGAAGACAACAAGAAGUCUUUGGGAGCUAUUCUCUCCAGUUUACCUGGGGUUGGCUUAAAAAGAAAGCUGUCCAGUGAUAUGAGGGACUUACAAAGCUUGGAUGUCCCCAAUAAGAUUCCUAAAAAAGAUGCAGAUGUUUUACCUGAAAACACCACCAUCACUUCAAAUGAAGUACCAACAACUCUGGUGGAUGCAUCGGACUUUGAGUGUUCCCUCUGUAUGAGGUUGUUCUAUGAACCUGUUACCACUCCCUGUGGACACACCUUUUGCCUCAAAUGCCUUGAGCGUUGCCUCGACCAUAAUCCACAUUGCCCGCUCUGCAAAGAAAAGCUGUCAGAAUUUCUGGCAAGCAGAACUUACAAGAAGACCAUCCUUACAGAAGAGCUCAUCGUCCGUUACUUGCCAGAGGAAUUAUCUGAAAGGAAGAAAGUUUAUGAGGAAGAAAUGAAGGAACUGUCAAAUUUGAAUAAAGAUGUUCCCAUUUUCGUGUGUACCAUGGCCUUCCCUACCAUCCCUUGCCCACUCCAUGUUUUUGAGCCUCGUUAUCGCCUAAUGAUAAGAAGAUGCAUGGAAACUGGUACCAAGCAAUUUGGCAUGUGCUUAGCUGAUGAAUUAAAAGGAUUUGCAGAUCAUGGCUGUAUAUUAGAGAUCAGGGACGUAAAGUUUUUUCCUGAUGGACGCUCAGUUGUUGAUACAGUUGGUGUCCGUCGUUUUAGGGUCUUAAGCCAUGGCCAGCGAGAUGGAUAUAACACAGCAAACAUCGAGUAUCUUGAAGAUAAAAAGGUUGAAGGACCAGAAUAUGAAGAACUUGUCCGCCUUCAUGAUUCAGUUUAUGAUCAAGCCGUUGCCUGGUUUACUUCUCUCAAAGACAAUAUGAAAGUGCAAAUUCUCAAUCAUUUUGGGUCCAUGCCAGGAAAAGAACCAGAGCCACAGAGCAACCCCAGUGGUCCUGCCUGGUACUGGUGGCUCUUGGCAGUGUUGCCUUUGGAAAACAGAGCUCAGCUGGCUAUACUGGCUAUGACCUCCCUUAAAGAUCGUCUUAUUGCCAUCAGACGCGUACUGAUAUUUGUGACUCGCAAAAGACCCAGAUAACAUGGACUUCAGUUGUGAGUGGGCACCCAGAACAUCUCACAACAGGUUGUUCUGGGGGAGGGCAAAGGGGGAGGGUUUUUUGUUUUUGUUUUUUUUAAAGAUUCCUUCAAAAAGGAACAGCCCUUUCUGACUGCGUCCUGCAUCCAUCGAUUGCAUUGGUUUGUUAUCCUGGGUAUUCACCAAACCUUGCACUCUCUUCUGUUGUCCUGGUGAAAUCUGAGCCUCUACAAAGCUGUGCUAUGCUUUGAGCAUAGCUGAUGGAUGCAGAUAAUUGCUUCAAAGUACUACGAAUAGAUUUGAUGUUUCUAGCCUGCAAGAGAGUUAAGUACUAGAGUAGCACCAUUGGCCUGCAUGUGUUUGGAUUUCCACUUGGUAGGAAAAGGAAACUGGACAGUGGAUUGAAGAGGUGUUUCCUAGACUUUCUUGAAAGCAGUGAAUGGAAGAGGAGUUACGCUGCCUGG